GGAAGCAACACCUUAGUAAGAAGUCUUCCCAUCUGAACUUAAUCGCCAGUUGCAGGGAGCUCUCGGAGCAGCCACCAUGGGAACAUCCAAAUCGUGGAGUUGCUUUGGUUAUCCCUUGAGCAUCUUCUUCAUCGUGAUCAAUGAGUUCUGUGAAAGAUUUUCCUACUAUGGAAUGAGAGCACUCCUGAUUCUGUACUUUCGAUAUUUCAUCGGCUGGGACGACAGUCUCUCUACCACCAUCUACCACACAUUUGUUGCUCUGUGUUACCUGACACCAAUUCUAGGAGCUCUCAUCGCCGACUCCUGGCUGGGAAAAUUCAAGACAAUUGUGUCUCUCUCCAUUGUCUACACCAUUGGACAGGCAGUCAUUGCAGUGAGCUCCAUUAAUGACCUCACGGACUUCAACCACGAUGGAACCCCGGACAGUAUUUCUGCACAUGUGGCGCUGUCCAUGGUUGGCCUGGCCCUGAUAGCUCUGGGUACUGGCGGGAUAAAGCCUUGUGUGUCUGCAUUUGGUGGAGAUCAGUUUGAAGAGGGCCAGGAAAAGCAAAGAAACAGAUUUUUUUCCAUCUUUUAUUUGGCCAUUAAUGCUGGAAGUUUGAUUUCUACGAUCAUCACUCCUCUGCUCAGAGUUCAAGUGUGUGGAAUUCACAGUAAACAAGCUUGUUACCCAUUGGCGUUUGGGGUUCCUGCUGCUCUCAUGGCUGUGUCUCUGAUUGUGUUUGUCAUUGGGAGUAGGAUGUACAAGAAGUUCCAGCCUCAGGGCAACGUCAUGGCUAAAGUCGUCCGGUGCAUUGGGUUUGCCAUCAAAAAUAGGUUUAGGCAUCGGAGUAAGGAAUUUCCUAAGAGGGAGCACUGGCUGGACUGGGCCAACGAGAAAUAUGAUGAGCGGCUAGUCUCUCAAAUCAAGAUGGUUACAAGGGUGAUGUUCCUGUACAUUCCGCUCCCCAUGUUCUGGGCCUUGUUUGACCAGCAGGGCUCCAGGUGGACGCUGCAAGCAGCAACUAUGAGCGGGAAGAUUGGAAUUAUUGAGAUUCAGCCGGAUCAGAUGCAGACCGUGAACGCCAUCUUGAUCGUUAUCAUGGUCCCCAUCACGGAUGCUUUGGUGUACCCUCUGAUCGCAAAGUGUGGUUUCAAUUUCACUCCCUUGAAGAAGAUGACAGUUGGGAUGUUCCUGGCUUCCAUGGCUUUUGUGGCAGCUGCAGUUGUGCAGGUGGAAAUUGAUAAAACUCUCCCAGUCUUCCCCAGAGGAAGUCAAGUCCAAGUUAAAGUAAUGAAUAUAGGAAAUGAUAACAUGACUAUAUCUUUUCCUGGAACGACAGUGACACUUGACCAGAUGUCUCAAACAAAUGAUUUCAUGACUUUCGAUGUAGAUAAACUGACAAGUAUCAACAUUUCUUCUGCUGGAUCACUAGUCACUCCAGUAACUCAUAGCUUUGAGCAGGGCCAUCGCCACACCCUUCUAGUGUGGGCCCCUAAUCACCACCGAGUGGUAAAGGAUGGCCUUAACCAGAAGCCAGUAAAAGGAGAAAAUGGAAUCAGAUUUGUAAAUACUUUUGAUGAGAGCUUCAACGUCACGAUGAAUGGGGAAGUUUAUGUGAAUGUCGCCAGUCACAAUGCCAGCGAAUAUCAGUUUUUUCCUUCUGGCGUAAAAAGCUUCACAAUAAACUCAGCAGAGAUUUCACAACAGUGUGAAAAUGAUUUCAAAUCAUCCUACCUUGAAUACGGUAGUGCGUAUACCUAUGUAAUCGCAAGGAAGAAUGAUGGCUGCCCCGAAGUGAAGAUAUUUGAAGAUAUCGCACCCAACACCGUUAACAUGGCUCUGCAGAUCCCGCAGUAUUUCCUCCUCACCUGCGGCGAGGUGGUUUUCUCUGUCACGGGAUUGGAGUUCUCAUAUUCUCAGGCUCCUUCCAACAUGAAGUCGGUGCUUCAAGCAGGAUGGCUGUUGACGGUGGCUGUUGGCAACAUCAUUGUGCUUAUUGUGGCAGGAGCAGGCCAGUUCAGCGAACAGUGGGCUGAGUACGUUCUGUUUGCGGCAUUGCUUCUGGUUGUCUGCGUCAUAUUUGCCAUCAUGGCGCGAUUCUAUACGUACAUCAAUCCAGCUGAGAUCGAAGCUCAGUUUGAUGAGGAUGAAAAGAAAAAGUACCUGGAAAAGAGCAACCCCUAUCCCAAGUCGGACUCCUUCUCACAGACACAGAUGUGAUUGUCAGGGAGCACGUGGAGGAUGGACUGGGGCCAGAGCGUGCCAGGCCUCUGUCCCCUGGUAGCAGGACCCCCCGGUGGGUACUCUUCACGACUGUGAACCAAGCCAGGAAAGCUGUGUUCGAAACAGCCAGCAAUGAACCAAAACCUCUAAAAGAAGUCUUUUGUUUUUUCAAAGAAGUCUUAUUUAAAGCACGCGUGCGCAGACGCGCACGCACACACACUUUCACAACACCGAAUCUGUACCCUGCAUUUAACUCUUUCUUAACACACAAAGUUAUUUUGGACUAACUUAAAUUUUUGAAAUGGUGGCCAAGUUCUCUAUUGCUUGCAUUCUAACACCCUGUGGAAACGGACGUUCAAUGAGGCGGGAGCCAAGGCGGAAAGUGAAGGAUCGGACUUUGGAAAGGUAAAGAAGCACCUGGCGAGUGUUAACUGCUAAAGUUACCUUUUGUUUUCAGUUUCGUUUUUCCAGUCCCUACCUCUUUUUAAAUUAUGUAGAACUCAAAAAACUACUCAGGUAAAGGCAAGUAAUGAUUUUUGGAGUUUCAGUGGUAUGAAAUAAACUCUCAUUCUUAA